CUCAUUGAAGAAUUAAUAACUUUUCGAUUUUAAUUUCGUGUAAAAAAGAGAUAUAUCUAGUCGAUGAUGUUAUCACCAUUUCAUUAUAUACAUAUUCUGUAAAAAAUAUACCACUUGAUCAUAAUAUCAGUUUAUUGUUUCCAAAAAGUUAUAAAUUCAUUCUAGGUUUUUUAUCCACAAUCUUUUCUUUUUUUAUCAACCACUAUAAACAGACUUAUACGAGAACACUAUUUACACUAUUUACUGACAACGAACCUACAUUCAUAUGGAGCUAUGCACCAUCCCUACAUUGUUUAAGUAUUUUUUUUAUGCAAGCUAUUUGUUCAGUCUUCUUCAAACUUUCGAAACAAAUGGAACAAGUGGAUCCUGAAGAACAUUACUACAAAUUAAACCGAUUUCUUCUAUCGGUCAGUGGACUAUGGCCUUAUCAAAAUGAAUGGAGUGCUCGUUUAAUGAGAGCCAUCAUUACUUUCAUCAUGUUGACGUCUACAAUUUUCCAGUUAGCAAGCAUGUUUACAUCUGAUCUCACUCUGGACUUUAUAGUGGACCUGAUUCCAUUGGUUAUACUUACAUUAGGUACCCUGACUAACUUGUUCUCGCGUAUCCUACAUAUAGAUAAAGUAAGUAGAUCCUCACAAUUUACAUUCUUUAAAAUUGAGAUUUAAAUUCUCGUUUCCACAUAAAA